AUGCAAGCUCUUUCAGAUCACUCGUUCCUUUCUACUGAACUCGACAACGGCAACUGGACAAUCAUGCGAUUCGCCUUAUUUGCGCUCGUUGCUUUUGUAGCACCAUCAUGUUACGAAUCUACGUUUUUAUUAGGUGGUCUUUUUAAUAAAAACCGGUGCUUGAAGAGCGGACAGUAUUUCAAUUUUGGAAGAUUCGAGGACCCGUCUGACAGCGGCGUUAUCUGCGAUUGUUCAUACUAUGGUCGUUACACGUGCAGACGUAAGGAAUGUCCGCCUGCUACGUGCGGCACGGCCCUCCAGACAAUCUCUGGAUCGUGUGUCCAAUGCGCUCCGCAGUGCGCCACUACGAGAUGUCCGGACCUCAAGUGUCCCGUGAACGAGCGAUUCUACCCUCCAAGUUCUUGCUGCCACAAAUGCUACGACCCUAAGACAGACAGCAGUGACUCCCACUCGUCGUCCCAUCAUGACACCUCAAAGACAUCCAGGAGGAACGUUCAUAUCCAUGUACACGCCGGAAGCAAGACAAGCGACCACCAUACAUCGAAAUCAAGCAGCGAUAGGCGUAACAAGAGCAAGACAAGCGACCACCAUACAUCGAAAUCAAGCAGCGAUAGGCGUAACAAGCCCACGAGAUACAGGCGGGAAGAUGAGAGCACUGCCGAUGACGAAGAAACACAUUCUAAUUAAAGCUAAAUGUUUGAAAUAUUGACAUACUAUGUUAAGUUUCCAAUAAUUAAACAGCAAGGA